AUGCCUUACAAGGCCCGCGCUCCGUCUAAGGCCGACCCGUCGGCCUCCUACCUCCUCUUGAUCUAUCAGGAUGGAUGGGAUGAUGUGAAGUUGAAGAACUUCCCUGGUGUCCCUAUUGCCGACCCCACUGUCUUCGAUUUCUUAGGUCCUCAGGAGAUCACUGUGGAGUUGGCUGUUGCUCUUGCAACUGAUAUCGCCGAUAACUCCUGGGGUUCCUGGACUGCUUUCGAGGGAUAUAAGCUUUGCGCUUCCUUGAACACCGCCCCGCGCACUUGGUACGUCAUUCUGAAGAAGAAUAACGGACCUGAUGUAGCUCGCGUUGCAGACACUGAAACUGAAACUGAAAGCAUCUGGGGUAAUGCUUUUGCCAAGGGACGUGCUUCUACUUGGUCCCGUGAGUCUGAUGACAAUGCGACUGCAAUUCACUGCAGUCGUGAUGACAGCCCCGCUGAGAAUGACUGGAACGAUGGCUGGAACGUGAAUCACGUUGAGAAUACCGAGCGUCGCCACAGCUCUGGAAGCAACGGUUCCUCUGGAGAAUGGGCUACUGGUGGAAACUCUUGGAGUUAUAACCCUUCUCCUCAGGGCAGUGAGAGCAACUACUCAGCCACCAAUGAUGACGGACAGAAUGCCCCCGUCAGUAUCGCAAAAUGGUAA